AUGUAUAAGUUACAGUCUUUGGAGAGAUUAUCAAAUGAGAACAAGAAAUUGAGAGUGUUUGAUUUGGACCCUUUGGAUUAUCACAGCAUAAUGGAGGCAUUGAAGGGCUGUUAUGGCUUAUUUUACUCCUUCGAACUUCCUUCAGAUAACCCCACCUAUGAUGAAUUUAUAGGUGAAAUAGAAGUAAGGGCAGCACACAAUGUGCUGGAAGCCUGUGCACGGACAGACACCAUAGAUAAGCUAAUUUUAACUUCAUCCGCAACAGCGGUUAUUUGGAGAGACCAGCACAAUAGCGUCCCAUCUGAUGUCGAUGAAAGAAGCUAG